AUGAGAUUCCUAUUUUCAUCAAAAUACCUGAUAUUCACUCUGUUUCUCUCUCUAGCAUUAUUUGCAUCUCUUACUCAAGCAUACACUCAAAUAUGUCGUUGUGAUUGUGGCAAAAACUACACAAUUGUAGAGCUCCCCGACGAGGGACUCUCCUAUACAGCCUCGUGUACAAACUGCACCAAAAAGUUUUGUAUUGCUCAAAACUUUACAAUCUGUCAGGACGUUGAUGAAGUUUUAUUUUCAGCGUCUUGCUUUCAGCGCGAAUCACUUAAAGAACAAUUUUUCAUCUAUACUUUUAUCAUCAUCACUUCUGGCUUACUACUCUACGCGGCUGUUGCUCCAUACGCACAGAAAAGAUUUGGACGUGGAGCACAAACAACUAACGGAAACAAUUAG